CCCAAACUUGCGCGCGUUGCACCACGAACCGCUAUGCUACAGCUGCUAUGGGUUUUCAUUCUCGUUGGCUCAACGUCUGGUGCUGAUUGGAGCGUGACAGAUGGGAAUUGUCAAGUUGAUGACGAAGGAUGUCUCCACAGUCCUCGCUAUCCUUCGAACUACCGAAACAACCAGAACUGUGAAAUCGACGUGGCCGAGGGCAAUGCAAAGUCGAUUGUAGUUGCUGCCUUCAAGACAGAAGCAGGCUAUGAUCUUUUGGAGGUGAAUGGGGAGGAGUACAGUGGGACUUCAGGCCCUGACAAUGUCAUUCCAACUGGGACCAUUCGAUGGAGCACAGACUAUUCCGUGAUAGCCAGUGGCUGGAAGCUAUGCCUGCAGGACAUAUGUGUGGAAAAGAUGACGGGAAAUGGCGAAGACUACCGUGGAUGCCAGGCAUCAACAAGAAGCGGCACAGCUUGCCAACGCUGGGACUCGAAUAGCCCUCACCUUGUGGGACUCUACACAUCCUCCAACUAUCCAAGUUCUGACUUGACUGAGAACUACUGCCGCAACCCUGGGGGAAGUGGAGACACGAUUUGGUGCUUCACUUCUGACCCUGAUGUGCGGUGGGACUACUGCGAUCACUUGCGACUUUGGACUGUCCAAGGUAGCUGCGAAGCAGAUCUGACUUGCAGCCGGAGUCCAAGCUAUCCAUCGCAGUACGGCAACAACGAAGAGUGCACCUUGCAGCUGGGAACUCGAGCGCAAGGUGGUGUACUUCAGGUGAAGCACUUCGAAACAGAGAGUAACUACGACAUCCUUAUUGUGGACGGCCCAGACGGAGUUUUCAGCUUCAGUGGCCAAACAGGUCCUCAAGCACUGGAAGUUGGAACUGGGCUGGAGAUGAGUUGGGUCUCAGAUCAUUCCAUCACGAAAUCGGGCUGGGAAAUCUGCGUGAUUUAUCCAGAGUUGUCUUCAACAACCACCAUGACUGAAACGUCGUCCUCCAAAACAACUAUAUCAACCUCCAUCACUACGAGGACAAUCACUUCCAGUACUACAGUGGCGCCUGAGCGGUCGAUGCAUGGGCAGCUUUUGCUCACAGUCGCAGACGCUGCAGCUGCCCAAGAUGCCUUUGAAACGUCGGCAGGUGCUGAGGCAUUGCGGCAGGGCCUUGCGGCGCCAUUCCCGGAGUUGAAUGCAGACAAUGUCAUGCUGCUAGGCACGGCUUUGGCUUCUGCUCGCCGCCUUGCAAGCUCUGGCGUUGUGGUGGUGGACUAUUUGCUCACAGUGGCAAGUGGAGCCGCCUUGGACCACUCGCUAUUGUCUUCCUCUUCGGCAGCCUUGACCCAGAGUAUCAACCAGGCCUUGAGCGACAGAAGCAUAGCAGUCACCGUCAGCAAUGUCCAGAACGUUCAAUUAACAACAGUGACCACGAGCACUGUGACGUCAACAAUGACAUCUACGACUUCACAAACUGCCACAUUCACUACUGCCACCCUCAGCACAACCAAUACGCCUGUAAACUGCCAGCUGUCAGAUUGGUCAGAAUGGGGCAAGUGCAACCGGCCUUGCAAUGGUGGCAACCAGACACGAACACGCACUGUUGCAGUAGCUGAGCAAUUUGGCGGCACAGCCUGUGCUGGAGACAUCUAUGACGAAGUGAGCUGCAACACAGAUGAGUGCUCCGAGUGUAUACCAGGGUAUCAUCUGGUCUUCAUCUCCAGUCAGGAGGCUGCCUGCCUCCCGUGCGAACGUGGCCGGUACAAUCCGGUUGCAAGUGCCGAUAGCUCCGGAGCCUGCAAACUCUGCCCCAGGGGAGAAGAAAGCUUGGAGGGUGCCACGAUGUGUUCACCCUGCUCUCUCGGCUCCGGUGGCACCGUCCAGCUGAGCUCUGUGGCCUCCGCCAGCUCUGCCGAGCUCCAGAACUUCCAGCGGGUCGAUGGUGUUGUGGAGCUCGUCGCAGGGAGCGCAGGGAGCUUGACCUUUCAGGCGGCCUGCGCCAGCCCACGGAGCUUCACCAUGACGGUGGAGGUUUGGCUGCCCUCCGCGGAGUCUCUAGUUUUGGAGCUCCAAGUGGGUGGUGGAGCGCCGGUGGCGUGGAGCUUCGGCACUACUGCGAGCACAUGGCAGACCACUGAUGCAUCCCCUCAGCUGAGCUUCCAGGAAGGUGAGUCUCUAAUCAGACUGUGGGCUUCUGCAUCCGGCUUACGAAUCAGGUCACUUUCCAUGCAGUUUCAGAACAUGGGAGACGAGUGUGGCUUCUUUCCCGAUGAGGAGGUCUGGACAUGUGCCAGAUGUGAUCCAGGGUACUAUGCAGGAACAGUGGGUCUGAGGGCGUGCGAGACCUGCGAGCCUGGAGGCUACAGCAGCCUUCCUGGAAGCUCUCGGUGCGAGACCUGCAAACCUGGUUCCUACAGCAAUAGGUCUGGGGCCACUGCCUUCGAUGUGUGCGAAGAAUGUCCCAUGGGGUUCUUCAGCAACCGCAGUGGCAUGAGUGCUUGCGAGCCCUGCGUAGCUGGGAGCUUCUACAACCAAUCUGGUGCCAGCAGUGGUGACCUGUGUGAGCCAUGCCCACCUGGCAGCAGCAGUGAGCCGGGCUCUAUAUCCUGCACCGAAUGUGAGAUUGGACGCUUUGCUGGGAUUGCUGGCGAGCUAUGUUCUCCUUGCCCGGCUGGGACGGUGACUGUUUUUCCUGGUGCUACCAACUGCACUGAAUGCCCUCCUGGCACCUAUUCGGAGAACGGCACGGUGUGCACGGCGUGUCCAGCUGGCAGCUUCUCCAUCUUAGUGGCCGCAGGCUCCCUGGAAAGUUGCGAAGCGUGUCCUGCUGGCACGUACAGCGAGACAGAAGGAGCGGACUCGCCAACCUAUUGUCUAGGCUGUGCUGCAGGAGCAUUCAGUGCUCCUGGCUCGAAGUUUUGCGAGAUGUGCCCUCCUGGUGAAAUCAGCAGCGAUUCAGCUCCUUCAUGCAGCCCUUGUGAGCUUGGCAGCUUUGCGGGUGUUCCGGGCAUGUCAGAGUGUGAACCCUGCCCGGCAGGAACACAUGGGCACAGCAAUACUUCUUACUGCAUGGACUGCCUUCCUGGUAGCUACAGCGAGGUGAGAGGUGCCGCUGGGCCAGAGACCUGCACUCCAUGCGCAGCAGGCAGCGCCAGCGCAAGCUAUGGCGCCGCCUCCCAGCUGAGCUGCGAGCCAUGUCGACCUGGCUUUGCAGCAGCUGCAGGCAGUGCCCUGUGUAGUGUUUGUGAAGCCGGUACCUACAGUACUCUUGACGCUUGCAAGCCUUGCUCUGUGGGUGAAUACAUGCAGUACUUUGGGCAGACGGAAUGCAGACAAUGCGAUCCUGGUACUUUCAAUGAUCAGGAUCAGCUGCCGACCAUAGCAUGUCAGGCUUGUCCCAUCGGCACCUUUACAAGCCUUAGUGGGGCGACCGCCAUGUCCGACUGCGAACCCUGCCCCGCAGGCACUCGAGGUAUAAGCGAAGGCUUGGAUCAAUGUGAGGCAUGCCCUGCCGGUUUUGUCAGUCGCCUUGAGGGAAGCAGCAUUUGCAAUGCCUGCCCCAUGUCCAACACCCCACCCGGAGCUGUGGCUUGCUGCCCUGAAACUGUCGGGAUUUGGGGCAGUUCUGGCUCCUUGUCAUUGGCGCCUGGCAAGAGCAAGGCAGAAGUGUAUUAUGUUGACACUGCAGGCAGCUGUGAUACUUUGAGCGUGGAGUCUGCUGUUCUCGCCCAAGAUGGCCAAAUUGUGUCCUCUGGCCACGCGAUGCUGAUAACAAUGGGCCAGGAGGAGGUCUUCAGUUGUGUGGAAUUGACCUGCAACGAGGUAGACAAGGCUCACUGCGGUCUUCGUAUUGUGCUGAAUGGACGCCAGCUCUUUGGGACUGGGGAAGCUUUAGAGGUGCAGGCGCUGGUGCAGACGCAAGCAGGAAGUGAAGUCUGUGAGAAUGCCGCCCAGGUGGUGUUUGAAGGGUUUGGCUGCGCGCCGAACACCCUGCAGAUUUUCCUGCUGGCGCUCAGCAUUGUCGUGAGUGCAACUGUGCUUUUGGGCCUGAUUUUUGAGCUUGUGGGACACUGUCGGGUGCUUAUCCUGGUGGAGUGCAGCUUCAGCAUCAAGCUCCCAACCAUGUGGGCAACUCACACCUCAUCAGCGGUUGUCGACUUUGCAGAUGAUAGCUCAGCGCCCGCCGCGCCUGCUGCCCUGGCCGUGCCUGCAGCGUCCGCAGCUCCUACUUUUGAUGUUUGUCCUGAGAGAUCACCAAGCCGUCCAAGGAGGCUUUCGGACAAGGAGUCGGAGGUUGUGGUAGCAGAUGAGAAGCGUUUGGUGGACUUGGUCAAGGGUCCAAGCUUUGUGGAAGAUCCAGAGGAAGAUGUAGUGAAGAUAGGGUGGGAUGAUGAUGUGGUUGGAGAUGGCGGUGCUGUUGGAGCUAGAAGCUCGGUGGACCAUCACGAUGUUUUGCUGGAGCGGAGUGAGUUGAAGUUUGUUAGGAGCGCCUCUCAUGGAGCCCAGGAUGGGGAUGAAGACGCUCUAAGCCAAAGCUCUCUAGCAUGGCCGAGCCAAGCCGCCUUGAAGCAGAGUUUGCUCCAGCAGCUGGACCUUGAUCCGCGGCGUUUGGUUCACUUUACAGCUUGGGCUGUGAAGUCAGAGGCACCGAUGCUGCAAGUCGAGUAUUCAGUAAGAGUCCCGAAGGGGCAGCAUUUGGAACUCCGCCAGCAGCUUAGUCGCUGCAAGUGGCAGAUGGCUCCUACCUUGCCGGCGCCCUGGAACCAGGCACGAGUAGAGCAGCAGCCACCUGCCUUCAUCAAGGCACAUGCUCGAGCACCAGGCAUGGAUUUGUUGGAUUUUGUGGAGAAAUUCCUUGGGCGGUUGAGUGGCAGCACCAAGCAAGAAGAGGAUCCUCAGCAGCUUCAACAAUUGCACCUUCAGGUGGCCCGGCAAUUGUUGCGGCGACUGACUAGCCGUAAAGCACGGCUGGUUCUCGGCCUCCAAUAUUUCUGCAAUUUAUGCGCGGCCGCGUUGCUGCCGAUAGCAGGCUACCAAAUGAUGACAAGUUGCGACCAUGGAUUUCCUUGGUAUAUCCAUGGAGCCUGGUUCUUAUACAUGUGCCUCACCAAUGUGACUUCAUUGACACUGCUGCGAACAAUCAGCGGAGAGCACGCAGCGUCCUUUUGCUACCAAUUCCGCUGGCGUUUACUGUUUCGAGCAGUUUGCUCUUUCAUCCUCCUCACUGACACGUACCAGGAUGCAACGUUUCCUGUCAUUGCUAACAGGUGCAACUUUGAGCUUUGGUUUGUAUCUGCUUGGCUAGUUGGCUUGGGCGUUGGCCUUAUGCAAGUCGUCAUGCAGCUCCUGGUCAUCGCUUCCUGUUGGCGUCAGUAUGAGAAAGCCACGACGCCAGAGGAGCGAGAUCGCUUGUUAGUACAAGGUGCCUUCAUUGCUUUGCGAGGCUCAGACAAUUUAGUUUUGGUCUAUGCGGUGCGUCCCGCAGUGGAGGAGCGGCUUGGUGGUUCGAGCUCUUGGGCAAUGAAACUCUCAGAGGCGCGGAUUGCACUUUUGCGCUUCGUUUUCGAAGAUGUCGAGCAAAGUGCGCUACAGACGGUCUUCUUGAUCUUCUAUGAUGAGGCGGCCAUCGGUGAUAAGCUUUGGGUGACAGCCUCCAUUUUUACAUCUCUCCUCUUGUCCUUCACCAUCGUUGUGCAAUGCAUACCAGAAGUCCGUGAUUGGCUAUGGUACAGGGUCUUUGCGGCAUUUCCUGGUGGUCGCGGGAUUCCUUUGCUGCGGGUACUUUGGUUUAUCAUCAUCCUCUUGCUCUAUCGAUGCUUGUCCACCUUUCCUUGGAUUUCUGCGUGCUCUCCAAGUGGUGAUCCAUGCGAGACUGAAAGGGAGUGGUGGGAAUUCUAUUGGGGUUGCGCCAAUGGUCGGACCACCUUGCUUGGAUUGGAAGCUCGGGUCAAGGUGGUGCAAGAGACUAUCACGAACUCAACGAUAGGUGUGGUGAUCAUUUUGUCCACGGUGACUUUUGCCACUAUAGUAUGGUGGACACGUCAACGAUGCCUCCAGAUCUACAGAUACCGGAAGAUGGACAGCUUGGAGAGCUACAGUUAUGCGAAGAGAAUCCAGCCCUACCAGGAUGCACCCUUGAGGCCAUUGAUCGACGCAGAUGAUGACUUGUGGCUGGACACGGCCCGACAGCUGCACAUGUUAUUGACCAAGCACGUUAAGGCCCCAAGGCCUGCUGCGGAGGUGCGGAAGCUUCAUCGAUUGUUGGUGUCCCUGGAGAGCAUUGAUCGCAAUGCCUAUACAGUGAGCCGCGCUCACCUGGGUGGUUGGUCUUUGCCAGGUGUGCAUUGGUACAUCGCCAGACAGCUUCCAAAGAAGGUCAAUGCUUUCGUGGAUAUGGCAAAUGCUGUGCAGCUAUCCAAUGACGCCAUGACAAACGUUUACCUCCUUCGUACCACCGUGAACCAUGCGGUGAGGGUUGCCCGUGUGCGCCGCCACGUCCACCAGCUUUUGUCCAAUCGGUAUUUUAUCAAAGCCAGCCUGGAGAGCAAGGCCUUAUGGAUUUUGGAGUGUCCAGAUGCGCCGCCCUUGCGCCUCCUCCAUUGGUCCGAAUUGACAAAGGGUGCCCUACCCAAAUAUCAGUCGGGCGAUGCAAAAUCAGUGGAGAACCUCUUAGACGAUAUGGCGCACCGAUCAGCCAUUUCGCGUGAGAUGGCUCAGCAGCGCCUGGUCGUUUUCUUGCUUUCACAUCGUUGGCUUCGAACGAGUGGAGCUCAGUAUCAUCCCGACUCUGAGGACAACAUCAAGGCCCAAAAGUUGGUUACCUUUGCCCGUUGGUUCAUGCGCUUGGCUGCAGCAGCUGGAGUACCAUGCGAAGUUGCAUUCUGGAUUGACUACUGCUGCUGCGAGCAGGAGGACCGCUUUGGCAUGGACUUGGCCACAGCUGCGCUUCCCCUCUACAUCGCUUGUUGCUCCAAGGUCGUGGUUUGGAGAACAGUGGAUUUUGAUCGGAGGUGCUGGACAAUGGUAGAACGCUUGCUCUCCUAUUCCUUUUGCUCUGGUGGAUUGACGCCGUAUGUCAUUGACUCCACCUUCAUCGAUGGUGAUGAAGAUGAAGAGGAUGCAGUGCCAAGGGAGGUGGAGGUCUGCUCGGUUUGGGAGGUUCGUUUGGACGGAGGUUGGGUGGCCUUCGAUAACUAUGGGCAGGCCAUGUUGCACAGUGCCAAAGCAGCUGGUUUGCCACGCAGCGAGGUUUCCAGCGGAGGAAGGCGCUAUGACAUCGAUUUGGUACUCAUGUGCCAGAAAAACCCAGCCACUGGCAAGCAGCGCCAGAUUCGUGAACGAAUUCUGGGGUCUGUGGAAUCUUCCGCAGGCGUAGCAGAUGCUGAGCGUGGAUUGAAGGUCUCAGAGAACCAGAAGCAGUUGAGAUCAAGUCAGAAAACAAGCCAAGACAAUGGUUUGAACAUGCAAGAUCGCAUCCAGCGGGUGCCGAAGAAGCUUCCCAACCCCUUGGAUCCCGAGACCUGCCUCCUGACGCGCGAGAGCCAGCGACGUCACGUGGCCUCGCUGGUCAGCGUGGCAAUGCAGGUGCCUGCCUUUGAAGUCUUUGCAGACCGACAGCCAGUUGAAUGGGGCCUGUCCGAGGUUAUAGAGCAUUCUCUAAUCGAUCAGGAGCCUCUUCCCAGGGAGGGCGUUGCCUCCGAGUGGUUGGAGCUUUGUCACGGCAGCUUUGGCCCCAAUGCCCCUACCACAUGCUGGUGGAAACUCCUGGUCUUGGAACCUGGGAAUCGCUCUCACCCACUUGAUCCACUGGCAGAUUCUAAGCUGAUGGCAGAGUUGGACGUGGAUGUGAUUGUUUGGGUGGAUCAUGGGGCUACUCCAGCAGAACCUGUUCCACGCCCAGAGGAGAUUGACCAACUCUUUGCUCAAGUUGAUGUGACCAUCGAUCACGGAACCAGCGCAGAGAGGGAGGAGUGCAUCAAGAAGCUGAUUCUUGCUCUCAAAGCCGAUUUGAUGACCGCCAUUCACAGCAAUGACCACGCACAAAUGGAAGCUGCUGUUCUGCGAGCACGAGAGGUCGAGCUGCCUGCCAAGACCGAAGCCGUGUCCUGCCUGGUGACGUCCCGCUUGCUCACAGCCGCCGAGUCAGGCAGUGAGGCUGAGAUGAGGAACGCGCUCCGCUUUGCACGUGAAAAGGGUAUGGAGAAGUUGAGCGUGUACCAGGAGGUCUUGGCUUUGCAGCAGGGCUUGUACGGCGCGCAGUUGAAAUUGCGGCUGCAACGCUUGGCUGCAGAGGAAUCGGACUUUGCACAACUGGGAGCUGUACAUCGAACAGCCCAGGCACAUGGUCUGGAGGACGUUGCCAGGCAGGCGCUGGCAGCUGCAGAGAUGCGCUUGCGUCAAGCCUUGGAACUGGACAUGGAAGAAGCGCUGCAGAAAUGUUUGCAGCUUCGAGACGAGGCGAAGGCCUGUGGCUGGUCAGCCAUGGAGCAGAGCGUGGAAGUCCAGGUCUUGCGCCUGACGAUGGAGUUGGCUUUGUUGCGUUCGGAGCUCACGGACGACCUGGCCACGAUCCGUGCAGUGGAGCUGCGUGCGCGACAGGAGAACUUGGAUGAGCUGGCCGAACGGGCAGCAAGGAAGGUGAACGAGACAGCGCGGAAGGUUGGGGAGAAGAUGGGGCUGCCUGCUGGCUGGGAUGUCGUAGAGCGUAUGGCCGGCACUGAUGCUGCGAGGUUGCUGAAGAAGGACGAGGAGACGGAACUAGCGCUCUUGAAGAAGGUGCAGGAGUUGGUGGAUGCUACCUUCUGGGGCUGGGGUGGCCAUGGGGCCAAGACCCGCACCCGUGAUCGUGGCAGUGAGCCAGUGGCAAAAGCCUUGAAGGUCAUGAGUGUCAUCUAUGUGCAGAAUGCGGAGGUCUAUGUCAAUUACAGAGCACGGCGUCAAGAGAUUUCCGGAAGCAUGACGCCAGAUAUCCCCACAGGGGAUGCUUGGGAUGUGAAGACUGCUGCGAUUCCUCUAGUUGGUGGCCGGCUGAAGGAUAGCCCUGUGGAUGCCAGCAUCAAUGAGUUCUACCUUUGGCAUGGCUGCAAACCUGAGGGGGCAGAAGGUAUCACCGACGCGAACUUCGACAUAAAACGUGCUGGGUCAGCCUAUGGAUCCCUCUUUGGCCCAGGGAUUUAUCUGGCCGAGAGCUGCAUGAAGGCGGAUGAGUACACAUCUCCAGAUGCACGUGGCUACUUCCCGUUGCUGCUGUGUCGCGUGGCCUUGGGCAAUAUCAACUAUUGUGAUCACCCUUCGCCGGUCUCCAUUGGCCCAUCACUGGUUGCUUCAUGCAAGGCUGGUGGAGGUUUCCAUUCCGUCCUUGGCGACAGGGAGAAGGUCAACGGUACCUUUAGGGAGUUCAUUGUCUUUGACAAUCACCAAGUCUAUCCCGAGUAUAUCAUUUGGUACCGGCGAGAGUUCUAAGCCGGGCAAUGAUGACGAGAGUAUCCAUUCUUGAGAUGACCGCCCCCCAAUUAUUGAUGUCCGUGUGCCUUUGAUUCAACCACAAGUCCUGAACAGUGCGGCAUCAUCUCAAGAGUUGUUGAGGAUUGCAUGCCUUAGCUAGUUAGUUGUGCUCCGGGGAUGCCAGAUUGUGACAUCCCCCGCUAGAUAAUGUAAUUCAACCCCUUUGACUGGCCAACUUUCCCGGCAUGUUCAGCGGCUGCACAGAAGGCAAGCGAAGGGUUGGUCAACGGUUGGACUUUGUAUGUCCUCACCACUCCAGACACCUCAGUCUAUGGUCCAUGCCAUCGCUCUUGUUUAGACAUGGCGUGAUCGUGCUACCUACGUAGCCAGGCACGCCUUGGCCACAUUUUUUGUAAAGCCAGUGGUGCGCUCGCCAAGUGCUUGCUCACUAAGUGAGCAGCGCGAGAAGCUUUGCAUCGACGGUGACCAAAGGUCUGAAAUGUGCACCGGAUCAUUUGAGACUUUCAAAAAAACCUUGAGCAGCAGACAAGCAAUGAGGCACCGGGG